CAAAGAAGAAAGAGAGGAUAAAAAUAAAAUAAAAAGAGAAGAGAAAUGUCGGAAGUAUGCCCAGAUUCUGCAGGAGAAGGGAUGAAGACUUCAUGGCCUGAAUUGGUGGGGAGAAGAGGAGAAGAAGCAAAAGAGAUCAUCGAUAGAGAGAACACGAAAGUGACGGCUGAGAUUAUAUCUGAAAAUGCAGUUGUUUUGACUGUUGUGGUUUGUGAUAGGGUUUAUGUUCGUGUCAAUGACAAUGGCAUUGUCACACGAACCCCUGUCGUUGGUUAACUGAAUUAUUAUAGAUAUGUGUGUGUGAAUCAAUAUGGAUCUUAAUAUGUGAUGUAUGUGUGAAAUAUAAGAUGUGCUUGUUGUUGUGAAUGUUGUAAUAAAGAAACGUGGCAUAUAUAUACCUAGUUUUGUAUGUUUAUUUAUAAUGAUCAUAAAGUUAUA